GAAAAGGAAAUGGAUUGGAUUAUAUUCACAAGAAGUAUAUAUCGUCUCCCGUGUAAAUUUUAUGAUUAGCAUUUUGACUGUAUCAAUUUAGAGAUUUUACUAAAUAAAAGUCACACAUUUUUAGCUUCAAGUAGCUAAUUUCUGGAUAUUUCAAGGUACUGUUAAUGAGAUUGAUAUGCCUGUGUUCAGGACCUCUUAAAUUAUCAAUGUUUUGAGUAUCAAACAUAUGUACUGUAUAGAUUAAGAGAUUUUUCAAAGUAAAAUCCAACAUGUGUUGAGCAGACUGUUUGUACAGUAUUUUUGAAGUAUCCUGAAAUGAUAUAUUCCACAGUUGAAAUGUUGGACUUUGCCUUGAAAAAUCUCUUAAUCUAUACAGUAAAAAUGUUUGAUCUUUAGUAUAUAUUUAAAGUCAGAGAGGUCCUGAACACAGGAAUAUCAGUCUCUCUCUGAACUUAUUGCACAAAGUGUUUUUAUAGAACUUUGAAAUAUCCAGAAAUGAACUGAUUUGAUUGUACACAUGUUGGACUUUACUUUGAAAAAUCCCUUAAUCUAUACAGUAAAUAUGUUUGAUAUUCAGUAUGUAGGUAGUCAGAGAGGUCCUGAACACAGUCAUAUCAGUUUCUCUCUGAACUUAUUGAGCAAAGUGUUUUUAUAGAACUUUGAAAUAUCCAGAAAUGAACUGAUUUGAUUGCACACAUGUUGGACUUUACUUUGAAAAAUCUCCAAAUCUAUACAGUAAAAAUAUUUGAUAUUCAGUAUGUAGGUAGUCAGAUAGGUCCUGAACACAGACAUAUCAGUCUCUCUCUGAACUUAUUGAGCAAAGUGUUUUUACAGUACUUUGAAGUAUCCUGAAAUGAUCUAUUUCACAGUGAAAAUGUUGGACUUUUAUAUGAAAAAUCUCCAAAUCUAUACAGUAUACUUUUUGUGAAUUUAAUCCAAGAAAUAAUUUUUCAUUAUGCAUUUUGUAUAGGCUCCAUGUCAACAGUUUAUUUUGAAAACCGGACGUAAGCCCACAUGUGUUCUUCCUCUAACUUCGAGUACUCCGUUGCCGUCCCCUUUCUGGGAGGUUUGGAUGCGUUUACCAUAAGUAUCAGUAUAUGAGUGCAGUAGAAUUUCUGUGUCGGCUGAUUUGACCAAAGAGAUGCGAGUGUCGGCGGGCUUGACCGUAGUAUGCUGAGCGUGUAGCCGCAGACGCACCGGAACAGGAGGUGACAGCAAAGUGACAGGCACAGACUCUGAGGCUGAAUCUCUUAGGCUGAGUCUCUGAGGCGGAAUCUCUUAGGCUUAGUCACUGAGGCUGAGUCUCUGAGGCGGAAUCUCUGAGGCUGAAUCUCUGAGGCUGACAGGCUUCUCCCGCAGCAUACACCUGCCUGGGUUUGAUUUGACCAAUGGAUGGGGAUAAAAUCAUGUAAGUGUGUGCUGAUGCUGCAGUGCCAUGGACUCUGGGUCUCAUCUGUGCGUGGUCGGCCUUCUGUCAUCAACCUGAGAGCAGCAUCAGCAGUCUCGGAGCAGAGGCUGGACUCAGACCAGGAGAGAGAAGAAGGACACAUUCAACAAAUUUGUUUUUACUAAUGAGGUGGAGUAGGAGGAAGUGAGAGUCACACUGUAGGCUUCAGCAUAAACCCCUGCAGACACAAACAGACCCACACAGGAUGCUGGCCAGCCAGACACUCCCUGACAGGUGUCUGCAGGCUACACUACAAAGAGAUGUGAUAAUGGAGUGUGUGUCUGAGAGCGGAGAAAGCAAGAGGGACGAGGGAAAGCCAUCACUCACUCACGUGCCCCUGCAGCUCUUCCUAGAAAGGAAUAUGGCGGCAUGAGAGAGGAGGAUUAUAUGGCAUGGAGUGCAAUUGCUGAACAUGCCUGUCCCCCUCUGAUUGAGGAGAAGUGGAAAUCUUCCUAGGAAAGAGUCGAUGAGAGUGGAUUUGCUGAGGACAGUAUUCCUCCUGACGUCUGAGGAAGAAUCCUGCAAACAACAAUGCAAAGGAAGAAGGAUUAUGUUCCUGCUGCAUGAAGAAUCGUUGUCUGCAGGAAGUCAUAUGUAAAAAUCUGAUCACCUGGUCAGUCGGUGAACACAGCUCUGGACUCACUGUGUGAAAAUGAGGAAUUCAUUGUCCGGCCAUUUUCCUCAUAUGCUGACUCAACCUUAAAUGAGGAAGACAAUGAAGCGUGGACCUCGAGGCAGGCGGACUGAACGACUGGCUGAGUAAGUGCGUGGGCUGCUCGCUGAUAGGAGCUGUGGCUAUCUGAGCACUUUGAGGACACGUAGCCCCGGGGAAAUACCGGGCGGGUGGUGGAGCCCCAUGAUGGGGGAGACGGCGGAAUACCAGAGGCUGCAGGACACCUCAGAGCCCGAAUACCAACGCAUGCCCAGCGAUGACGAAGAGAAACUGGGCAGUAGCAUGCAGUGUGAGGAAGGCACAGAAUGGCUGCUGGAGCUGCUGAUGGAGGUGCAGUUGCAGCAAUACUUCCUGCGGAUCAGAGACGACCUUAACGUCACGCGGCUGUCACACUUCGACUACGUGAAGAACGAAGACUUGGAGAAGAUCGGCAUGGGUCGACCUGGGCAGAGACGUCUGUUGGAAGCUGUGAAGAGGAGGAAAGUCAUGUGCAAGCGCAAGUCCUGGAUGAGCAAGGUGUUUAGCGGAAAGCGCCCAGACGGAGGAGACAUCCCCCAGCAGGGUCAGCCGGCCUCCUCCUUUCGAAAGUUGUCCCACACGCCUCCGCUGGGCCUGGGGGAGGGAGUCCUGGCCACACAGCCUGGUGGUGGUCCUCUCGACGGGCAGCAGCAAGCUCUGACCUGUCUCAUCCCUGAGAAGGACUUGACCUUGUUUGAGAAGCUCGGGGACGGCUCCUUUGGCGUCGUGAAGAGAGGGGAGUGGCUGACACCUGCAGGAAAGGUGCUGAAUGUAGCUGUGAAGUGUCUGAAGACGGACGUGCUCAGCCAGCCCGACGCUCUGGAGGAUUUCAUCUGCGAGGUCAACGCCAUGCACUCCCUGGACCACCAGAACCUCAUCCGCCUCUACGGUGUGGUGCUCACACACCCAAUGAAGAUGGUGACGGAGCUGGCUCCUCUUGGUUCCCUGCUGGAGCGUUUGCGAUGUGUCCGUCCCCAGGGUCCGGCUUUGAUCCACACUCUGUGUCAGUACGCUGUACAGGUGGCCUGUGGCAUGGCCUACCUGGAGCAGAGGCGCUUCAUACACAGGGACUUGGCAGCCAGGAAUAUUCUGUUGGCCUCGGCUCAGAGAGUGAAGAUCGGUGACUUUGGCCUGAUGAGGGCGCUGCCUAGCGACCAUGAGCACUAUGUCAUGCAGGAGCAUCGCAAGGUCCCCUUUGCAUGGUGCGCCCCCGAGAGUCUGAAGACCAGAACGUUCUCCCAUGCUACAGACACGUGGAUGUUCGGUGUCACCCUCUGGGAGAUGUUCACACACGGCCAGGAGCCUUGGCUGGGUCUCAAUGGGAGCCAGAUUCUGCACAAAAUUGAUAAAGAAGGUGAACGCCUCCCAAAGCCAGAGGAUUGUCCGCAGGAUGUCUAUAAGGUGAUGCUGCAGUGCUGGGCACAGAAACCAGAUGACAGACCAACUUUUGUUGCCCUGAGAGAGUUCCUGCUUGAGAGCAUGCCCUCAGACAUGUCUUCUCUGCAGGACUUUGAAGAGCCUGACAAACUACAGAUCCAGCUCAAUGAUGUCAUCACCAUCAUAGAGGGAAGGGCGGAGAACUACUGGUGGCGAGGUCAAAACAAGCGCACCCUUCAGGUGGGGCCGUUCCCCAGAAACGUGGUGACAUCAGUGGCGGGUUUGUCGGCUCAUGACAUCAGCCGGCCACUCACGAACAGCUUCAUCCACACGGGACACGGAGACAGCAACCCUGGCCGCUGCUGGGGCUUCCCUGACAGGAUCGACGAUUUGUACCUCGGGAACCCCCUGGAUCCUCCGGACGUCCUGAGUUUAGAUCUCAGUGGCACUCGGCCCACACAGCUUCCAGGAAGAUCCAAAAAGCCUUGCUACGAUCUCGUAAAUGAGGACGAGGAUUUGACCUCUGCAGGACUAAAAAGAUUCUCACUUCGGACGACUGGUUCCGUCAAUAGCUUAAAAAUUAAACCCGCUGCGUGGGUCUCUGCUUCCAAACAGGGGAUUAGCCGUCGUCCGGGCUCAGGCCCCAAACCCAACGGUGAAGUAUCCCUCAUUGACUUUGGGGAGGAGUUCCCCCCGUCCACUCCCUCCCCCUCUCCUGUGGUAGAAGUUCAGUUCCCCUCUCUGGCGGAGCUGGCUUUGGAAGCUGAGAACAUCCUGGACCGCACUCCUCCUCAGAGUCCGUCCAGAUCGUUGCCCCGCCCCCUUCACCCUACACCAAUAGUGGACUGGGAUGCACGACCUUUACCUCCACCCCCAGCCUAUGACGAUGUAGCCCAAGAUGAAGACGAUAUGGAGGUGAGCUCCAUCAACAGCUCAGAGCAGCAGCUUGAAGAAGAGCAGAGCGAUGUCCUUAACCCAGAUGUGGCUCCCUCCUGUGGACAGAAGGGACAGGCUGAUGCUCCCGUCUCCAAGGGUCCAGACAGAUCGGGCCUGGAGGACAACCUUUUCCUCCCCAGCAAGCAGAGCCAGGAGCUGUCCACAUCUUUCUCUCAGUCGGCAGAAAUCUUCCAAGAACUCCAGCAGGAGUGCAUGAGAAGGCUCAAGGUACCGAAAGGAAGCGCCGCCCGUUCGAGCUCGCCAUCCCAGACAUCAGCGUUGUUUCCCCACACUUCUCUGACCCAGGAACAGAGCGUCUUUCCCUCUGGUGAAGACAAACCCCAAAUACCCCCUCGUGUCCCCAUCCCACCUCGCCCCAUAAAAAGGGGUGACUACACAUCUGCUCGCUGGUCAAGAGAUCUUUCUCUUUCCCCAACUCUAGCAGAUGCCACAGAGGACGUUUCAGGACCGGUUCAGAACCGACCACCUCAGAUCCCUCCAAGGGACCCUUUGUCUCUGUCGGGCUCGAGGACUCCCAGCCCCAUGGGCCUGUUAGUGGGCUCCCCCCAGCAGAGAAUCUACUCUGUCAGCCCCACCACCAUGCAUGUUCCCCUUACGUCCUGCCCCCCCACACAUGCCUAUGGCUCCUACCUCUCCACCUCUCCAGGUAAACUCAUGCCGACCACACACAGCUUCGCCUCAGAUCCUAAAUAUGCUGCACCCAAAGUGAUCCAGGCGCAGGGGAAGGACUCUACCAGUAAGGGCCCCUGCAUCCUCCCCAUUGUACGUGACGGAUGUAAAGUGAGCAACACCCACUAUUACCUUCUGCCAGAGAGGCCGCCGUACCUCGACCGAUACGAUCGCUUCUUCAGGGAGGCAGAGAGCCUUCCUGCUAGUGGCGUGGAGGAAAGGCAUGUACGGCAAGCCAACACUGCCACAGUCAGACCCAUGGUGGUCAGCAACCACACUGUCCAGGGACAUGCCCAGGGACAGGGCCUUGUGCAGCUGGGUGAGCUGAAGGCUAAUUUCUCCUCCAACAAUAACAGCAGUCUGGGCCGACCACGGUCAGGGAUGAGGACAUCACUUAGUCUCCCUCGCGUCUGCUCGGAAGGGUUGACGGCACCAGCCAUCACUGCUUCCUGCACCAGGACAGACGGGGGAGCGAACCCAGCUGACAGGGUCAAAAUGGUGCAGGAGGCGGUUCAUGGUGUCACGAUAGAGGAGUGCCAAGCUGCCCUGCAGAACCACAACUGGAACGUCCAGAAAGCUGUGCAUUACCUAAAGGUGGAGCAGCUGUUCGGUUUAGGUCUGGGGAGCAGGUCCGAGUGUCUGAAGCUGCUGGAGACGUGGGACUGGAACCUGGAAGUGGCCAGCACGCAGAUGUUAGAUAACUAUGGAUCCACAAGGCAAAGACGGUGACAGAAAUCAAAAGCUGCUGAGCUCUGAUUGGAACUUCAUCCUCAGUAAAACAUCAUCAGAGGAGGUGAUUCGACUUCUUUCUGUUUGAAGCCUCCAAUCAGACGACUGUUAUUUGACUUAUCACCGAGCUAUCACAAAUUCAUCAUGGUUCAUUCAGGCUGACCAUGGACACAGGAAAGUAACUCGGGGGCAGCAAAGAAGAAUUUGGGACAUAUUUCAACCUUGUUCUGAAAACUCUGUCAUUGUUGCACUUAAGACAUUGUCUAACGGCACCCAGCGUUUUUUCAAGGUUUUUAAAGGCUAAAAAAGAGUUAGCCUGAAAUGUGUCACUCAAACACUUCUGUGUGCCUCCCAACUGUCAAUCAUCACUGUGGAUCUUACACUGAUGGUCAAGUGCAGAGAGACACUUUGAUGCCUUUCUUUUGUAAAUGUCAUUCAACAGGUUGGGAGUGAAGCUGUAGAGGCCCCCAUGAGAUGAAGAGCACAAUAUACGCAUAAGCACUUUCUAAUUGUCAAAAGCUUGGAGAGUUUGACUGAAAACUGGGAUCAUAUUUACUGAUCACUGUUUCAACUAAGGCGUGUGCAGUGAAUGUACAGUUGGUUCUAUAAGAAUGAGCAGCCUGCUUUGCAGCUGAGGAAUCUGCAUCACCGUGUGAGGCAAGGGUUUCAAGAGCAGUGACAAAUAAAUCAUAGACUUCCACAACAUCUGUGCCCAACAAAUCAAUAUUUGACCGACAGGAAAUAAUUUUGCCAGUUAUAAAGAAGUGUUUCAUCACAAAGGUUGUCCAUACAAAAUUUGCAUUUUAUAUAUAGUGAGGGAAGUUACUAGCAACGGCAGUUUAUACUCAGUAUUUAAACAAUACACCUUUUAUACAGAGACAUGUAUCGUAUGUUAAAAAAACAACAUUUUAAUUUUAUUUUAAUAUAUUUAUAACACAAUGCUUAGGAAUAAGAGAAGGCUGUCACGUCUGUGACUGGGCCGGCCAUUUCUUAAUUAAAUGUACUGUUCUGUUUGAUAUAGCACAAAUUAAAGUACUCGUCAGACUUUAACUAAAUUCAUCUUCUGCACAAAGCUGCCUAGGUCUUGAAUAUCUAAUAUGUGAGUCAUAUUCCGAGAAUUCAGGGCAAAUUAAGGCUUUUCAAAAACUGAAUUACAAGAGCAAAUCACUCACAUCGCUCGGCUCCAUUCACUCUGCCAUAAAUGUUUCAAGGACAUUUCCCAGUAAUACAGCACAGGAUGUAACAACACAAUAAACCCUUCAUUAAAAUAAAAGCUGGUCAUUGUGCAGACUUGUAGCUGAGCUGCUGUGGUUUGGGGAGAUCUGGAUGCCAGUGCCUCUAGGAACCUGUCUGCCAGACUUGAGGAAGAUGCCUUGGGUCAGUGACAACAACUGAGGACAUCACUGCUUCAUAUUUUCCAUCAUGGUAAUUGUGGUCUGCAAAAAUUAUUUCCUCUUCAUGAGCAGCUCCGCACCAUUGUUGUUUAAAAUAAACAAUUAUGAGCCAUUUUUUCUUUGUGUCAGUGCUCCUGGUCAGCAGUUGUCACUGACUGUUACCAUGGAAACAUUGCUCUUAGCUUUGAGUUAGCUUGAGGGUUUAUUAGCUGUUUGUUUUUUUUCAAAUAAAAAUGUAUUAGACAAAUCUAAGUGCUAUAUUAAAGGUCAAUUCCAGUAUUUAUCAUUCUGGGACAUAUGGGUGUCAAUGAAUCCUACUUACAAAAACUUUUUUGAAUCAUUCCAGUAGAUCAUCCCUUUACAAAAAGUGUUUUAGGUGAUAAAGCCCUUUUAGAGACAUUUAAUGAAGUGUCACAGUUGCCCCAUAAGAUUAUGUUGUCGUCACUGCCACCUUGACAAUCUACUGGACUGAUUCCAAAAGUUUUAAGUACCAUUCAUUUACCAAUCUACUUUAACAAACAUACAGCCCAGGUAAAAAAAAAUCCAGAAAUUCCUCUAUAGGACUAAUCUUACAGUUAAACUAGUCUAGAAUCUCUUUGUGCAACCGGCGUCUGAUCUAUGACCACUGCAACAAAGUCACAGACCCCAGAUACAGCCUGUCCUUAUUCCUCAGCUAAAUACUCCGGCCAGUUCUGCAUUUUCUGCAUGUUUCCAGACUACGUUGGCAGCCAAUAACCUCAAUGCAGAGAAAUUUUGCCUAAGGCACAGAUCCUGUUCCAUAAUAAUCACUUAAAACCAUAACUGUGAUAUUUUGGUGCGGAGUUUCAGGGGCAAUUAUUCAAAACUUCCAGGACACCAGUGUAUUGUCACAGUCGAGCAACGAAUUCUUUAAAACUCAAUAUAGAAACCUUUGGGCCUGGGCUGCUGUUUAUAUCAUAUAAACUUUUUAUUUGAAGACAAUGAAAGAAAAAGGCAACAAAAGGCAUUUAAUAAGCUUUAACCUCUAAAAUUCACUUUUUUAUCGGCAACACUGAGACAAUGUUUGGUUAUCACACAUGAUCCCUAUAGUGCUUCUCUCUAUAGCAACAAAGAACCAUCUUUGCCAACUGGUGUCCAUCCAUGUAAUUACCAUAUACAUGUCUAUGGCCCUGGCUUUGCUCCAAACCCACUAACCCCUUUGCAAGGCCUCAAAAAAACGUAAACAGUAUUUGACACGUCUGAGCACAAUCUGUUUGGGCAGAAACGAUCGGGCAGCCUCUGAAAAAAGCUUCUGUGGAGCCACAACCAGCCUGUGUUUCUGCCCGAGUGAACUAAGAGGCUCAAAAAACAAAACAAAAUGAAACAAAAAAAGGUAAAGGAGGUAUUUAUUAAGGAUGUACAGAACUGAUUUAUACAGUCAGAGCUUUCUCCUGUGUGCAAUAAGGCUGCUGUAGAACCUGUGACCUCCCAGUCUGUCCAUCCAUCAAUGCCACCCAGUCCUGAAAAAAUACCAUGGAGCUUUCUUCUCUUUCAUGAUGAAUCCCAGCGAUUGAACGCACACCGUUUUCAGUGUCAAGUGUUUGGUGACUCCGUUUUCCUCCCUGGGUAAUUCCUCCACUGAUCCACAGUCAGUUCAGACAUUUCCCUUCUGGCUUGUGUUUGCGUUAGAGCUGAGUUUAAAUCAGUGCACGAGGACAACUGGAAGUGAGGGCUGCCUCCGCUCUCUCCACGUGUUGUUUGUCUUUAUACCGAGCUGCUGUAGUUGUAUUAGAAGGACCGAACCUUGUUGUGUUAGGAUCAACCCAAAGAAACAUUGUCCUGUUGUGGUGUUGAUCCUGAUGUUUAAAAAAAAAAAAAAAAAAAAACUCUGUUCAGCUCUUUGUUCGCAAGAAAAACAUGUUCAUUAGAAACUGCUACUUUAAAGUCACUUGUGUUGUUUUUGCUGUUCUUUUGCCAUUUCUCUCAUGUUUUGCUUCCCAGGAUGUGAUUUAUUUUAAAUGCCUACUGUGCAGCUGGUUUUCAUUGUGUCUCUCCUCCUGGGUCGAUGGAAAAGUUUGAGAGAACUAAAUGCUGCAGAAUUUAUAAAUGUAUUUUUUAUUAAAGAGUUAAAUAUUUUUUA